CACCGGCGCAGGCUCGCUUUCUGGCGGGUGCGCGGGGCCAGUCCGCCAGCGGCCGUCUUCCCGUUCCCGCCUGUUCCGCAGCGCACCCACGGCCUGUGACCACAGCGACCGCUCCUCAGUGGGGAGAGAGCCGGGCCGGGCGAGGCUCCGGCCUGACAUGCGAAAGGACCUCGGUCCAGUCCCCAGUCGCGCCGCGCCUCCUGUCCGUCUGUGCGCCGGCCUGUCAGGGGCUAGUGUCUCCAGCGAUCGAGGUCGCAGACCUAGAGGCGCCCCACAGGCCGGCCCGGGGCGCGGGAAGCGCCGGCCGCCGGCUGGGUAGGGAUGCCCCUGCACGUGAAGUGGCCGUUCCCCGCGGUGCCGCCGCUCACCUGGACCCUGGCCAGCAGCGUCGUCAUGGGCCUGGUGGGCACCUACAGUUGCUUCUGGACCAAGUACAUGAACCACCUGACCGUGCACAACAAGGAGGUGCUGUACGAGCUCAUCGAGAACCGAGGCCCGGCCACGCCUCUCAUCACCGUGUCCAAUCACCAGUCCUGCAUGGAUGACCCUCAUCUCUGGGGGAUCCUGAAACUCCGCCACAUCUGGAACCUGAAGUUGAUGCGUUGGACCCCUGCAGCUGCAGACAUCUGCUUCACCAAGGAGCUGCACUCCCACUUCUUCAGCUUGGGCAAGUGUGUGCCUGUGUGCCGAGGAGAUGGCGUCUACCAGAAGGGGAUGGACUUCAUUUUGGAGAAGCUCAACCAUGGGGACUGGGUGCACAUCUUCCCAGAAGGGAAGGUGAACAUGAGCUCUGAGUUCCUGCGCUUCAAGUGGGGAAUCGGGCGCCUGAUUGCUGAGUGUCAUCUCAACCCCAUCAUCCUGCCCCUGUGGCAUGUUGGAAUGAAUGACGUCCUUCCUAACAGUCCGCCCUACUUCCCCCGCUUUGGACAGAAAAUCACCGUGCUGAUUGGGAAGCCCUUCAGUGCCCUGCCCAUACUUGAGCGGCUCCGGGCGGAGAACAAGUCUGCGGUGGAGAUGCGGAAAGCCCUGACGGACUUCAUUCAAGAGGAAUUCCAGCGUCUAAAGACUCAGGCAGAGCAGCUCCACAACCACCUCCAGCCUGGGAGAUAGGCCCCGCCUGGCCGGCCCCGGGGAGCAGCCGGGGCUGAGGCUGGGGAAGAUGCAGCGCCAGGGCCCAGGCCGAACUGGGCUGGCUGUCCUUGCUCGCUGCCUUCUGGAUUCUUGGCCUGCACAGAGCUGAGUCUAUAGGAAUGACUGAUGCUCUUAGCUCAGAUGUGGCUUUUAGACAGAUUUGUUCAUUGCCCCUCUCAAGUGCCCUCUGAGCUGGGGGCCAUUAUUCCAGCUCCUCUGUGCUUCCUCGGUUAAACCAAGGACCUCAGCUGCUUCUCCCACUUGGCCAAGCAGGGAGGAAGAAGCUUAGGCAGGGCCCUCCUUCCUUCUUGCCUUUGGAUGUUCUCUCUCAGGGGCCGGUGUCACGAGGGAGCAUAGAAAUCAGGUGAGCAAGCAGUUGGCUGAGGGAGCGGGGGACCCACCAGAGCUGUGGAGAGGGCCCCCAAGACUCCUCAGCCUGGCUCCUACGCACGCGCCCUUGGCGAACCAGGAGCUGCUCAUACCUCCUCAGGGAUGGCCGUUGGCCACGUCUUCCUUCUACUCGACCUUCCCCCUGCCACGGGCCCUUUCCUCGGGCAAGGUCUGGCCUCAGGUGGGCCAUAGGCGGAAGAGCAACCCUUGGCCAGAAGUCAGGCCCAACCACAUGGAGCCUAGAGCUGGGGCCACCGACUUCUCCAUCCUUUCUGCCUCCCAGCAUCACUUGAGUCCCAGGGCCUUGGUUUUCAUGUUUUUGAAACAGAACAAUAAAGCAUAUGUGUUAGCUUGUUAUAUAA